ACGACACAAAACCAAAACUUAAGAAAAUUUAAUUUUAUUUAACUCUUGCUUCGUUGGUAUUAUAGUGUAUAACCUAAAAGGCCGAUUUUUAAAAAUGGAAUUGAACGAGAAAAUUUUACAUUACCUAGAAAAAAGUGAUAAUAUAGAUACUUUAAAAUUAGCAAAUGAAUUUAGUGAGGACCAUCAGAAAAUAGUGGGAGCAGUGAAGAGUUUAGAAGCUCUUGAAAUGGUCACUUCGGAGCCUGUAAAAAGUACACAGUGGGAACUGACUGAUGAAGGGCACCUCGUAGCUAACAACGGCAGCCAUGAGGCUGUUCUCUUCAGAAGUAUACCUGACGAUGGUAUACCACAAGCAGAGUUAAUGAAGAUUGUCCCAAAUGCAAAGGUGGGCUUCAGCAAAGCUAUGUCAUCGGGUUGGAUAUUUCUAGAUAAAUCUAGCAACCCACCGUUAGUAAAGAAGAAAGUGGAUAGCAUAAUUGACAUAGUGCAGGACCAUUUAAACGAGAUGAAUAAGGGCAUAGACAAUUUAGCAAAUAACAUACGGAACGAUUAUAAAAAAAGGAAAUUGCUGCAUGAGGUCACAGUGAAAAGUUUCCUGCUUUCUAAAGGGGCUAAAUUUGCUACAACAAUAACUAAAUUAGAAACGGACUUAACAAGUGAAAUGUUGUUAACUGGAUCCUGGAAGAUGUUGGAGUUCAAGCCAUAUAACUUUGAUGCAUUAGGUCAACCCCCUGACUGCGGCCACCUCCAUCCGCUUCUAAAAGUCCGUUCAGAAUUCCGAGAGAUCUUCUUAGAAAUGGGCUUCAGUGAGAUGCCAACGAACGUGUAUGUAGAAAACUCGUUCUGGAACUUCGACGCGCUGUUCCAGCCUCAACAGCAUCCGGCGAGAGACGCUCACGACACAUUCUUCAUGUCUUCACCGGCCACCAGUACUGACUUCCCUAUGGAUUAUCUGGAAAGGGUGAAGAAGGUGCAUAGCGAAGGUGGAUAUGGAUCACAGGGUUACAAGUACGAGUGGAAGAUAGAGGAGGCACAGAAGAACUUGCUGCGCACCCAUACGACUGCAGUCAGCGCGCGCAUGCUGCACAAACUGGCGCAGCAGGAGCAGUUCACACCGCAAAAGUAUUUUAGUAUUGAUAAGGUAUUCCGCAACGAGACUCUGGACGCGACCCACCUGGCGGAGUUCCACCAGGUGGAGGGCGUGGUGGCCGACCGCGGGCUGGGCCUGGCCGACCUCAUCAGCGUGCUCGACGACUUCUUCCAGCGGCUUGGGUUCGCCAGGCUGCAGUUCAAACCCGCCUACAACCCCUACACAGAGCCCAGUAUGGAGAUCUUCGCAUACCAUAAUGGUCUUGGGAAAUGGAUAGAAAUCGGCAAUUCAGGCGUGUUCCGUCCAGAGAUGUUGCUGCCCAUGGGGCUCCCAGAAGACGUGAACGUUAUCGCGUGGGGGCUCUCGUUGGAGCGCCCCACCAUGAUCAAGUACAAGCUCAACAACAUCAGGGACCUCGUGGGGCCCAAGGUCGAUCUCCAGAUGGUCCAGUCGAACCCCAUCUGUAGACUGGACAAAUAAAUUAAUUUUACAUGUCUAUUUAUUUCAAAUAUAUAAUA